UUUUGUGACGACACGUCAUAUUUUUAUUUAAGUUUUUUAACUGUUUGUGUGUUUAUUUUGUGAAUAUGUUCUUUUAUCAUACGGAAUAAUGCAGCACAAUUCUAGAGACACCGACGGAAUUCCCAAAGGCACUGAUAUAAACGAAACUAGUCAUAGAUACGCAUACUCCUCGACCGACUUAAAACAUGUACUGAAAAUGGUACAAAAAGUUCAUAAAGAUUUAUUUGGCGAUUUCGAUGUGGAGGAACGAAUGGAAGGCAGCAUAUUUAAUACUGUUAUAGAAAACGAAUCGGAAGUUCCAAUAUGCUUAAUGUGUUUCAAGAACCACCCGUGGAUGUUGAGUGUCCCGCCCUGGGACUGGGAAUGUUGGAUUCAUCGAGUUUAUGGACUCCCUUUGAUAAAUUCAUGGAACACCCUGUGGAUUAGCUUGAUGCUCUGGCAGAAAGAAUACAAGGAGCAUUUCUUGCACUUAAUGCUUAAAAAUUUAUUCUCUUGGAAACCCCAAAUUCAGUAUCUUCUUUUAAUCAUUCCACCCCACAUGUUAGGCAUCGAGUGGAUAGAGAAACAUGGAUUUCGGAUGUACCCCAAAAAUGUAGAUACCCGUUCCUGCCAAACUUUUAUACUGUUUGUGGCAGACACCAUUCUUCCGAAAUAUAAAAUCAGAAGGGCAGUUGAAGAAGAUAACGAUGAGAUAGUGGAAAUAGUAAAGAAUGAUUCGGAGAGAUUGACCUAUCUAUACGGGGACUAUUAUAUUGCCGAAAUCCUUACAACCCAUCGCAACUGUGGGAGGCAGAUAAUUGUUGCAGAAUACGAAGAGGUCGUUGUGGGGGUGUUCGUUCUGAAUGAGAAUGUCAAUUACGAGUUGCUCAAGUCACGAUUCGAAUUAACGCCCUUUUUCAAUUUCCGAAAAUUUCCACCUUACGAAGUUGACUAUCUAUUCGACACUGUCGAUUAUUACAAUAUUAACAUGAACGAAGAUGACAUUUCUGUGUCGGAAAGUACGUUCUCAAAUAAAGACAUCUUGCCAGAAGAAGCAAACGUUCAGGAUGAAAUGAGUAUGGGCAAGCAGCAGUCACAGAACGCAAGCGGUUCCUCAGGAUCCGAAAGCAGCGACGAUGGACUUUCACUGGAAACUAUUCCGUCGCUACACGUUUUCACAGAAAUCUCCUCGGACUCGGACGACAACGCACUAGAGGCACACAUAAAACCACAGUCUAAGGUCUUCGAACCUGAACAGGUCAAUUUAUAUACUCAACACUUGUACGAAACGGAAAUUCGAUACGAGUAUACUUCUAGCCGAAAAAGUUCACUAUUUCUUACUGGCGAAGAUCAAAAAAUACCCAGGACAAAACUGGACACGUACAUUGGUGAACCCAACGCAUUCGUGAUCGAAGUGGCCAGUGUCACACAGGAACAUAUGAAAACAGCACUACCGAAACUGUUUUCUGCCGCCUACGAAUGCUUUCCGAAUCGUGAUUUUGCCCUGAUAUGUAUGCAUCCCCAGUGCUUUGCUCCUGCCUUUGAGAAUUUGUGUAGCCGCCUAACCCCCCGGCCGAAUCACACUUUCGACGAAAACGUAUACUUCCAACAUCGAGACUAUUUCUACGGCACUCCCCGGGUGCGCCAGGCAUCGCCACGUGACUAUGACGCCAUUCAAAGAUCAUUGAAGGUCGCGGAUAAUGUGGAAAAUUUCCUGAACGAAUUUUCUGACGCUGUUUAUGACGAAGGCAGCAUGCUAAGCGCUUAUGUUCUACUGCUGCACACGAAGAUUAUUGGGGUAGCCAUCUUACAACCAUUCAAUGAUAUAGAUCGCGUCAAAAGUCAAUAUCAGCUUAAGACAUGCUUCAACGAGAAAGUCAAUAAACCUUACACUUUCGGUGAAAUCAAAUAUUCAGUUAGAUCUUGCGUAUUCAACAAAUUAUCAACGUUUUUCUUAAGGGAACUCCAUCGGAUGAGCGACUUUUCCAUGAUAUUUUAUGAAGAAGAAUACAAUGAUACCGACGACAUUCUACGUCAUAGAAUAGUAAACAAUCUGUUUGAAUACAUGUUGCCCGUUCGAAUAAAAAAACAACCCGAACCGAUCGAUCUUAAUGUUGCUGACGAAGAUCGUCGAUUUUUGAACAGAGGUCCGCCUACAAUCACAACUCAACCCGAAAACGUUAUUUUAGUAUCGCUUCCGAGGAUUUCUCGACCUACCUUUGACGUUAAUGUUAAACUUGUGGUGGUUGGCGCUGGAGUGACUGCUACAGCCUUUUUGGAAAGUCUUCUUUGCAAAUGGUCAGAGGAGUGUCGAUUGACAUACACCAACAUAACCCUGGUCGCACCCCACGGUCUAUGGACGCAGGACAUGGGGCUGUCCUCAUCUCUGGCUUGGAAACUUAUGAUACCGUCGAAGACGUCGUUUCGCGAAAGGAAGGGACACAUGAUCACAAUCCGCAGCCUGAUCAAUCAGGUGCACGGUGUAAUGACUGCCAUCGACCGGAAAAACAAGACGCUGAUAAUAAACAAUCGUGCUUAUCUCAAGUACGACUAUUUGUUCUUGAUGUGCGGCGAACAGUUCCAAAAACCCGGCUUCAAUCCGCGCAAUGUCCUUUCGCAAACCAAUAUCAGAAACUUUCCAAGGAACGUCUUCAUCGUGAAUGACCUGACGGACGGCCAAAGAUCGUUGGAUAUGUUGAGAGAACUGAUAAAUGAAGUAGCAAAUAAUGAAUAUAACAUCACUGUGUUCGGCAAUAGAAUUGAAGCGUUCUGUUGUCUAAACGCUCUCAUGAUGUCUGGAGUGCCGGGCAAAAAUUUAACCUUUAUUGAUACUUCUGUUCAUAUUGAGGACAGUCUUAUUCCAUCCUACUGGACGGCUAAGCCAUUCCCCGAUUCCGAAAUUUUGGACGCUGUUCGAAAUGCAAUCAAAGAAUGCGGCAUCAAACAACACAUUAAUUACGACUACGAAGAUUGGGAUUAUGAUUCAGAAAAGAACUUGAUUACAGGAGCCACUUUUAAAUCAAAAUAUGAACGCAUCCACGUCCCCUGUAUAGCCAUGUAUAUGUACUGCCAUAGAACGGUAAGUCCGGUAACGUUUAUGGCUAUCAACAAAGCAGGUCUUACAUACGACGGUGGAUUGGUCAUUGACUCCCAAUACAAAACUAACGACCCCGUGAUCUACGCCGCUGGAACAAUGACUAAGUAUUCGAGAAAGUACUACGCUGAUCAUCUGUGUCACAGAUUCUAUAAUCUAGAAGAAGUAGGUUCAGACAUGGGAAAAAAUAUAAACAAAGCGUUUAUAACUGCAGCGACAAAAAGAAGGUUGAUUGAAGAAGUAACGGGUCCUGUGUGUGAAGAGGGAGAGUACGUUGUUCGGGUUUACGAGAAGCCUGUUAAAAUAUUUUGCAAACUGCCCGGCAAUCUGAAUUAUUUGUACAUUACAAAACCGGGUAAAUUUUUUCCCGGCCAAACGUCCGAUGAUCCAAAAGAAUACGGAAGGGAUCUUGUUACGGGAAACAUUCAUCAGUUGAAUACCCAAGGAUUUUUUAAAAUACAUUUAAACAAGCAUAAUAUAAUCGAAAGUGUAAUGUGCCUUACACGAUUAGACGUGAAUAUGAAUAAUCUGUUCGCAAUCUGGGGCAGGCACGAAAGCUUCUUCAACAAAAUGCUAUUAAGAUACGAUAUGGGACUGAUACGUGAUUUCUUCCAAUUCUUCCGGGAACCUUGGACCUUUGCACUGUACCACGACGAUUUUGCGGACAUAAUAGAGAAGAUAAAGGACCUCGUCUAUCUCCAAGUCGACCCACUGCUUGGGGAAACUUGGGGAAAAAGAAUCAUCGACUUGCACAGAAUGUACAACUGGAAAGAUGUACCUGAUGACGUAAUAGGGGAACUGGAAGAGGAGUUUGAAAGCACCAGUUAUCCUAACGCUGUCAAGGAAAUUGUGAUGCAGUACAUUUACAACAGGGCGCACAUACUACCGAUGUAUCUGGUGCCUGUCAACGACGUUCACUUGUUCUUUGAUGACAUAGAGUCAAGUCCGCUUUUCAAAAAUCAAUGACACAAUGUCGACAUCUAAACUAUUUCUAUCAUAAUGUAUAAGACGUAUAAUAAGGUUAUCUCUUAAAAUAAAGGGCUCUCGUAAA